AUGGCUUUAUCACAAACGCUCAUAUGUUCAUCAAUCAUUGAAAAUUUGUUUCUCUUUACUGCAUGUGAACGAGGAGAUUUACAAACAAUUGAAGCACAUUUAAAUUCUAUUUCUUCAUCAAAAAUCUGUUCAAUACGUGAUGAAAAUCAAGCUACACUUAUUCAUUAUGCAUCAAGAUAUGGACAUUUAAAUAUAUUGAAAUAUUUUCUUGAAAUAAAACAUAUUGAUAUAAGUCAAUUAUAUACAGAACAUGGUGCAACAUGUGUCCAUGAUGCAGCUGUUUGUAAUCAAAUAGAAAUUCUCAAAUACAUAUUUAAUUAUUAUAAAAGAAAUUUUUCCGAAAAAAUCCUUUGGACUAUUCGAGAUAAACAAGGAAAUACACCAUUACAUCUGGCUGCUUAUUAUAAUUCAUUAAAUGUUAUUCAUUAUUUACUUGAAGAAGAAUUUGCUGAUCCUCAUUAUCGAACUUAUAAUGGUUUUCAGCCGAUUCAUUAUGCUUCUCAACAUGGUCAUACUCAAUGUGUUAAAUUAUUACUAUCAAAAUCACCAUAUACAGUUAAUCAACAAACAAAUCAAUUAUUAACUCCACUUCAUCUUGCUUCUGAAGCUGGUUCAUUAGAAACUAUUCAAAUAUUAAUAUCAUAUGGAGCAAAUUUACAAUUAAAAAAUCAAAAUGGUUUAAAUUGUUUACAUAUUGCUUGUCAAAAUAAUCAUCUUGAUAUUGUUCAAUGGUUAAUAGAAAAACAAAAUGCAAAAAUAAAUGAUGUCGAUUAUAUGAAUAAUACAUCAAUACAUUAUGCUGCUAUAAAUGGAAAUGAACAUAUUGUUAAUUAUUUAUUAGAAAAAAAUGCUAAAAUUAUUUCAAAUAAUAAUGGAAAUACUCCAUUACAUCUGGCAGCAAAACAUGGUCAUCGAAAUGUCUGUUUUAUAUUAAUCGAACGUGGCUAUUGUUCAUUAACAUCUGUUAAUUUUGAACAAUUAACUGCUGCUGAUUUAGCUGAAAAUUCUGGUUAUCUAUCACUUGCUAAUGAACUUCGACGUAAUGUUAAUUCUUCAUCUAUUCAAGUUGAAAAAGCAACUAUUGUUCGAUUAGUUAUUAAAAAAAGAAAUGUUCCACGUUCAGAUGCAUCGAAUCAAGUUAAUGAACAAGAUUUAUUAGAUAAUUUCGAAGAUAUCAUUCGGAAUAAGCAAUCAAAUUUGCAAAAAAUACAAUAUGAUUAUUUUCAACAAGAAUCAGCAAGAAACAAAGAAGAUAUAUCAACAAGUACUGAGUAUUUCGAACAUUUAAAUAAUCAAGAUACAAAUAAUGAAUUUAUAUGUAAAUCAUCAGUCGUUGCAAUUUCAAAAUUUCAAUCAGAUAUUUCAAUAUGA